AUGCUGAUCCUCGCCGCGGCCGCCGCUGGCCUCCAGCUGCCCGUAACCGCAGCACGGCGCAGCUCCAUUCUCUGCUGCGCGCCUUCCGACACGGCCACCGACGCGGAGGUGGACGAUGGCAAAUCCGCUGCGCUGGUGGCGGACCUACGUCUCAGCGCGGCGCGAGCGGAGCGCGGCUUUCGCGUCGACGGCGCACUCGAGGAGCUCCGCCAAAAGGUGGAGGCGGUCGAGGCUGCCAAUCCUGAGCCGGAGCCGGUCGACUCGCCGCUGCUGUUGGGCGAGUGGGACCUCGAGUUCACCGACGCGUUCGACGUCCUCAGCCUCGGUCUCUCGCCCCUCGAGGUUGGACGCAUCUCGCAAAACGUCCGCGCCGGCGCCUCUGCGGGCGAGCUGCAGGCCGAGAACAUCGUCGAGCUGCUGCCGCCGCUCUCGUCGCUCGCGGCGGCCGCCUCGCUUCAGCUGCCUCGCGCCGCGACCGAGUACUGCGUCGGCGCCACCUGCCGUCGCCUUAGCGGACGCCGCGUCAGCCUGGUCUUUUCGAAGCUUCGCGUGCGGCCGUGGCUUCCCUUUGUGCCGUGGGGCUUGCCAGACGGAGUGAGGCUGGAGGCGGCUCUGCCUUCGGCGGCCGUUGACGCGCUCGAGAGCCUGACGAGCAGCGCAGUCUACCUGGAGACGACGUACCUGGACGAAGGGCUGCGUGUCGCGAGGGGGCCGGGCGGCGAGAUCUACGUGCUCGCGCGCAGGAGAUGA